UUCAUAGCUUGACCUUAGGAGGAGGACAAAGCUGCAAAUUGCUGAAGACCCAGAGCUGGCAGAGGGAGGGUAAGAGAAGACUAAAAGUGGGAGCAACCAGAGCAGAGGACCCCCUGAGUUCAGGUUGCCAUGGCUGCUGUUGACAGCUUCUACCUAUUGUACAGGGAAAUUGCCAGGUCUUGCAAUUGCUAUAUGGAAGCUCUGGCUUUGGUGGGAGCCUGGUACACGGCCAGAAAAAGCAUCACUGUCGUCUGCGACUUCUACAGCCUGAUCAGACUGCAUUUUAUCCCACGUCUGGGGAGCAGGGCAGACCUGAUCAAGCAGUAUGGAAGAUGGGCCAUCGUCAGUGGUGCGACCGAGGGGAUUGGAAAAGCCUACGCUGAAGAGCUAGCAAGCCGAGGUCUCAAUGUUAUUCUGAUGAGUCAGGAUGAAGAGAAGUUACAGAACGUGGCUAAGGACCUCGCCGACACCUACAGAGUGGAAACUGAUGUUAUAGUUGCAGACUUCAGCAGAGGCCGUGAGAUCUACGAUCCGAUUCAGGAAGCUCUGAAAGACAGAGACGUUGGCAUCUUGGUGAACAAUGUGGGCGUGUCUUACCCCUACCCCCAGUAUUUCACGCAGGUCUCCGAGGACAAGCUCUGGGACAUCAUAAACGUGAACAUCGCUGCCGCUAGUCUGAUGGUCCACAUGGUGUUACCCGGCAUGGUGGAGAGGAAGAAAGGUGCCAUUGUCACCAUCUCUUCUGGCUCCUGCUGCAAACCCACUCCCCAGCUGGCUGCAUUUUCUGCUUCCAAGGCUUACUUAGACCACUUCAGCAGAGCACUGCAGUACGAGUAUGCGUCUAAAGGAAUCUUUGUGCAGAGUCUAAUCCCGUUCUGUGUCGCUACCAGCACGACUGCUCCUCGAAGCUUUCUGCACAGAUGCUCAUGGUUGGUGCCUUCGCCAAGAGUAUACGCACAUCACGCUGUGUCUACCCUCGGAAUUUCCAAAAGGACCACAGGAUAUUGGUCCCACUCCAUUCAGUUUCUUUUUGCACAGUACAUGCCUGAAUGGCUCUGGGUAUGGGGAGCAAAUAUUCUCAAUCGUUCGUUACGAAAGGAGGCCUUAUCCUGCAAAGCAUGAAUCCGGAUGAUCGAUGAAGUUUUGCCAGCUCCUGGUAACCUGCAGUAUUCCGACAUUUGGAAAAGGACAUUUAAUUUAUCGUAUGUGCUUACUUUUGUGACUGAUUAUCUAGCAUCCUGUCGAUUCAUUGUUUGCAAGGCAGACAUCAAGAGUACUGUGAAAAAAAUCUCCAGGGCUCCAUGGAUGACACAGAGUAAAUGAUGACUAAAGCAUAAAGAACUGAUGGAAGAAACCUAACUGUCAGUGCUUUUUACCCAAGCUGUUCAAAAUAUUUGUAAUUUAUGUUGUUCUAGGAGCCACAGCGAUCUAGCACUUUAGGAUUUGAUUUGUCAGCUUGCAACUUUAGAUGUUUUUGUGAGGGAAAUGACCUAUUUUCCUUUACAGGUGACUGCUGGUCUGGCUUUCAGGAGUUGAUCAGGAAGGGCCAGGGAUUUAGCUCAGUGGUUCAGUGGCCUGCCUUGCAAACCGAAGGACCCAAGUUCAAU